CUUUAAAAACUCAGUAGAAAAAGAGAAAGAGAAAGAGAAAGAGAAAGAGAUAGAGAUAGAGAUAAGAUAAGCAAAGAAAAAACAAUACCAAAAAAAUGACUAGUUUGGGAGGCCUAAUAGUCAUUCUUUCUAGCUUUCUGUGUCUGCUCCUUGUCUUAGCUUUCAUCAAGAUCCUCCACAAACUAUGGUGGACUCCGAUUCGCAUACAGAAGCUGAUGGCUUUGCAGGGGAUCAAAGGCCCUUCUUACAGAUUCAUCCAUGGAAACACCAAAGAAAUCUCCAACAUGAAAAAGGAAGUCAUGGGCAGGCCCCAACUUUUAUCACACGACAUACUUUCUGUAGUUCAACCUCACAUUCACUCGUGGACCAAGAUUUAUGGGAAGAAUUAUCUUCAAUGGCAUGGUUGUCGGGCUCAGUUGGUCAUUACAGAACCUGAGUUGUGCAAAGAGAUACUGAAUAACAAAGACAGAGCUUAUCAGAAAAGAGAGCCCACAAACAUUGCAAAGAAGCUAUUGGGAGAUGGCCUUGUGGUGACAACCGAAGCUGAAAAAUGGGCAAAACUGCGAAAGCUGGCCACCCAUGCCUUCCAUGGAGAGAGUUUAAAAAGUAUGAUUCCAGAAAUGGUAGCUAGUGCCGAAUCGAUGCUAGAAAGGUGGACAGUUUAUGAAGGAAAAGAGAUUGAGGUGUAUGAAGAGUUUAGAUUGUUCACAUCGGAAGUGAUUUCCAGAACAGCAUUUGGCAGCAGCUAUGUAGAGGGACAAGACAUUUUUGAGAUAUUGAUGAAGUUAGGCUUCCUAAUAUUUAAAAAUUUUCUCAAAGUCAGGGUUCCUGGAAUCAGCAAGUUUUUCAAAACCAGCGAUGAGAUUGAAUCAGAAAAACUUGAGAAAGGAAUUCAUGCCUCCAUAAUAGAGAUGGUUAAGAAAAGAGAAAAGAAGACAAUGGCUGGAGAAAAGGACAGCUUUGGGAGUGAUUUUCUUGGAUUACUUUUGAAGGCUAAUCAUGAAGCCGGACAAGAAACCACUAAUACUUUGCUUGCUUGGACUGUCUUUCUUCUGGCACUCCAUACGGAUUGGCAAGAGGAAGCAAGAAAGGAGGUGCUACAAUUAUUUGGCAAACAAACUCCAAAUCUUGAUGGCAUUGGCAAACUGAAAACAAUGAGUAUGAUCAUCAAUGAGGCUCUAAGGUUAUAUCCCCCUGCUGUUUCGGUUGUAAGGAACGUUGAAAGGGAAGUUAGACUAGGAAAGCUAAUUGUUCCUAGUAAUCUUGAUGUGGUUGUCUCAAUCGUAGCAGUUCACCAUGAUCCUCAAAUUUGGGGACAAGACGUGCAACUUUUCAAACCACAGAGAUUCUCAGAAGGAGUUGCUAAAGCAACUAACAACAACAUAGGCGCAUUCUUACCCUUUUCAAUGGGACCUCGAACGUGCGUGGGCUUGAACUUUGCAAUCACUGAAGCGAAGAUUGCUCUGUCAAUGAUUCUGCAACGCUAUGCCUUCACCCUUUCCCCGGGUUAUGUCCACUUGCCCUUACACUAUCUUACAGUUCGGCCACAACAUGGAGUUCAGGUAAUGCUGCAUUCACUUUGAAGUUGAAUUGCCCAAGGAGACAUAAGUCCAUCUUGUGCCUUGCACUUUGAGACAAGACAGAGCUUAUUUGUCAACUGUCCUUUCAACUCUAAUUAAGAAGAAAAGGAUGUUAUUGAAGUAAAUGCAUUUCCCAACAACAAUUGUACAAUAAACAAAGCUUGAACUUCAUGGAAAGCAUGAAUUUGAUUGAAAAGGAUGGUUUCUCAAGACAUUGAAAUUUAAUGAGAAUAAUUGAAAGCUGUGAUAACCUAUGUUAGCCUUCUGAA